AUGCACAAGUCAGGAAUUCGAUUAGGUUCCCAUCACCCAUGGCGCGGCAUCGGCUUGUCGCGGGGGUCCUGGCAAGGCGGGAGGGCGGCAAGAUGCACGACCGAGCAUGCAUGCUGGGCACCUGUUUCCCCCACAUGGUGCAUAUACGGUACACACUUGGUCAAAGCAAUGACAAGUACUCUAAUCGCCAAGACGCUGCUCUCGAAUGUAGAACGAUUUGGCAGAAACAUUGCCCUUGUACGGUACCCCAGGAGCAUAGAAUUGCAGUUGCUCCAUGAAUAUGGCAAAGGCCCAAUGCGGAGGCCAUCUUCCCCGCCUGCAGCCAAAUAUAUAAUCUGCAACUCUCUUUCGAAACACAAGCCACCAUCCGACCAAUCGUCCACCAUCAACGACUUGGCUCUGACUAUGUAUGACUAUGACAUUAAAAAAAAGUUCCGACGGGCUUCGGAACGGGGGAGGGAAUCUACACAGCUCUCCACCAUGCGGAGAUCCAUACAACCUACUCUGAAGCUCCUCCACACGCCCUUGAUCCGUCCAAAACAUCCUACGCACAUACAGCGCUGCAGCUCACCCUUUUCACUACCGCCGUCACCACCAUCACCACAAUGGACGCGUUCACUUCACGCCUCGGCAACGCUGCGUGCCGUAGACCUCGCAUACCGACUCCACGAUGACAAUGGCAAGGCAAAAGGAGACCCUAUAGUCAUGAUUCAUGGCCUGUUUGGCAGUAAAAGAAACAACCAGAGCGUCGCAAACAUCUUCGCCCGCACCCUCUCCCGCCCCGUCUACGCCCUCGACGCCCGCAACCAUGGCGACUCCCCCCAUGACAAAACCCACAACUACACCGCCAUGGCAACCGACGUCGAAGCCUUCCUCUCCACCCACAACCUCACCAACAGCACCCUCAUCGGCCACUCCAUGGGCGCCAAAAUCGUCAUGGCCAUGGCCCUCCGCAACCCAGACUGCUGCGCCAACAUCAUCCCCGUCGACAACGCUCCCGUCGAUGCAGCCCUCAGCAGCGACUUUCCAAAGUACGCAGAGGGCAUGCGCAAAGUCGAGGCCGCAAAGCCCAUGAGCAUGAAGGACGCGGAUGCCGUCUUGCAGCCGUACGCCCCCGAUCUGGCCGUCCGCCAGUUCUUGCUGACGAACCUCGUGCGCGACGAGCCUGGACAGCCGCUCCGGUUUCGCAUUCCGAUUCACAUCUUGACCCGCGCGCUGGACGACAUGGCGGAUUUUCCAUUUACGAAUCCAGAGGAGCGUCGGUUUGAUAAGCGGGCGCUGUUUAUUCGCGGGACGAAGAGUCGCUAUGUGAGUGAUGAGGUGUUGCCUAUCAUCGGUCGGUUCUUUCCGAGGUUCGAACUUGUGGAUGUCGAUUGUGGGCAUUGGGUGAUUAGUGAGAGGCCCAAGGAGUUUGUGGAUGCGGUGGUGGAGUUUUUGAGGGGGGAUGAGUAA